GUCUGUCACUGCUACAAAACUGUUUUCUACCUGUUUUCUACUUCUCAGCUCGUUGUAAAAAGUCCCGUAAUAAAACACACCAGACACAGCUAGCGGGCUAACAAGGUUGUGAUGGCAGCAGGUGGAACCCCGGGGGCAAGGGUCACAGAAUGUGUGACCAAGGUGUCGCUGAACAUCUCCUGCGAGAAUCUGCUCGACAUGGACGCGUUCUCAAAGUCUGACCCUCUGUGUGUGCUUCUGAUGAACACAUCAGGGCCCCACUGGUGUGAGAUUGGACGGACAGAGAGAAUCAUGAACUGCCUUAAUCCCAAGUUUUCCAAGACGUUUGUCGUCGACUACUACUUCGAGAUGGUGCAGAGGCUGAGGUUUGAAGUGUACGACAUUGAUAGUGAAAGCUGCAGUCUGCAAGAUGCUGACUUCCUGGGAGAACUGGAGUGUACCUUGGGUCAGAUUGUGUCCUCAAGGAAACUAACGAAACCACUUGUCAUGAAGAACAAGGCACCUGCAGGGAAAGGAACCAUUACUAUAGGUGCUGAAGAAAUAACUGACAAUAGGGUGGUGGAGUUUGAAGUUGCAGCUAGAAAACUGGAUAAAAAGGAUUUCUUUGGCAAAUCUGAUCCUUACCUGGAAUUCUACAAGCAGACAGAAACUGGAUGGCAGCUCGCUCACAGGACAGAGGUGGUGAAAUGCAACCUAAACCCAGUAUGGAGGCCAUUCCGAAUCCCGCUGCAGUCGUUGUGUGGAGGAGACGUGGAGAAAUCUAUAAAGGUGGAUUGUUAUGACUACAACAACAGCGGAUCUCACGACUUUAUUGGAUCCUUUGAGACCACCCUCUGCCAAAUACAGCAGGCAUCACAAACAUAUGCAGCCGAGUUUGAAUGCUGCAAUAGUAAGAAGAAACAGAAGAAGAAAGGAUACAAAAACUCUGGUGUCGUCAUUAUAAAAAAAUGCAAGAUAGUGAAGGAGUAUACGUUUCUGGAUUACAUCAUGGGUGGCUGUCAGAUUAACUUCACUAUUGCUAUUGAUUUCACAGGCUCCAACGGGGAUCCCAACUCUCCCCAGUCCCUCCAUUACAUCAACCCACAAGGCUACAAUGAAUACCUGGCUGCUAUCUGGGCAGUGGGUAGUGUCAUCCAGGACUAUGACAGUGACAAGAUGUUCCCUGCUUUUGGAUUUGGAGCCCAGGUCCCUCCUACAAUGCAGGUGUGCCACGAGUUUCCCAUCAACUUUAACCCAUCGAAUCCCUUCUGUGCAGGUAUAGAAGGCGUGGUCCACGCCUACCAGCACUGUCUGCCCCAAGUGAAGCUUUACGGUCCCACUAACUUUUCUCCAAUCAUCAACCACGUUGCCGGUUUUGGCAGACAAGCCUUACAGCAGAAAACUGCAUCUCAAUACUUUGUUCUGCUGAUCAUCACUGACGGGGUGAUCACAGACAUGGAUCAGACACGCAGUGCCAUCGUCAACGCCUCUCGCCUUCCCAUGUCCAUCAUCAUUGUUGGAGUAGGGGGGGCAGACUUCAGUGCCAUGGAGUUCCUGGAUGGAGACGACGGCAUUUUGCGCUCUGCUGCAGGCGAGGCUGCCAUGCGGGACAUUGUGCAGUUUGUGCCAUUCAGACAGUUCCAAAAUAGUCCUCAGGAAAUGCUUGCUCGGAAUGUCUUGGCAGAAGUCCCAGGUCAGGUGGCGGGCUUCUUCAGUGCCAUGAGUUUGAGGCCACCCCAUAGCGACACUCCCCUCCCUGCCCUCGCAGCCUCUGAACCCUCCAGUUUAGUAUCCUGAGGACCUUUGUUUUUUGUUCAGGAUACCACAUGAACAUGCAGCAUCCAGUCUGGAAGUUUUGUGAUGAUUUGUAAAUACUAUGUACCAAUCAAGCCAUGGGGUUUACACAGAUAUUGUCAAACAUUUAUUAACAUCUACUUAAUGUAGAUACUUAAUCUGACACAUAUGAUUUUAUGCGACUAAGUACCAGGAUUGUUAAGAAUGUAAUUUCUUAAUUUAUUGAUCUGCACAGUCUAAUGAAUGAGUUGACACCAGUGUGACUUGACUGAAGGAAAUUAAGGUUGCUAAUAACAGUCUGUCAAGUUGUCAGAAUGUCUAUAUGAAUGGGCUGGAGUACUUAAUGUGUUCUCCGUGUCUCUGCUAAUACUUCUCCAGUAUCUCCAUAUUACAAUGACAAUAAUGAAUCCAUACAUAAUGGUUGGAUGUGUUUGUUUAAAUGAAUACUUUAUUUAGAUUUUACACUACAAAAAACUAUUGCGUUAUGUCCUUGCUGCUGUUUUGUACUUCAAUCAAUUUCUGUUUUUAAAUUCAGUUCCAUGUUUGAUUUUCAUACUAUUUGGUGCUUACUUGAAGCAAUUAUCACCAGUAACAGUGAUGAGCUUCAUUUAGUAAAAUGCAUGUUUACAUUGAUGUACAUAGGAAGUACAGUCUGUCUUAAAAGGAAUAAGUAAAACUUAUCACUUAGCUGACGAAAAUGGCCAAAGACAGCACUGAUCAGUGGCGUUGCCUUAUGUAAUAUACUUGUCUUUGUUAUGGACUUUGAUUUUUAAUCAUUAUUUCAUGUAAAUAUGAUAUGUAAUAACAUUAAAGAAGAAGUGCAUUAUGCAUUCUUGAAA